CACGUGACUCGGCUAGAUCACGUGACUGCUUUUCCCCUCCGUCAUGGCGGACUAUAGGAGGGUCGUCGAGUUGGAAAGACGGAUUUUGGAGUUAGACAGCAAGUGCGCCGCUCUGCGGGCGGAAAAACAAGAUGAUGAUUAUUUACAGAACGCCUCGUCUGUGUUGGAGAAGUUAAAGAGUUCAUACACACAUGCUGGGGAGAGCAGCAGUCUGCCAAAACUACUCCAAGAUUACACACAAGUGAUCCUGGACAUCACAUUCUAUGAGGAGAGCAAGCUGGUGGAUCAGGAGUUUCCAGAGGAGAUCUCUCCAUUUAAGAUUCAGCAGCUUCUGCAGGAUCUGACUGAGCCUGAGCUGUUAGCUGCACGCCUCGCACCCAGCCAGGAGGUGCAGACUGUGUUGGGUUUAGAGCUGUUGGAGUGUGUGUAUUGGCGGCGUGGUGCUCUGCUCUACAUGUACUGUCACACACUGCACCAGAGGAAACAGUGGCUCAAGAAGAACAAGGCCACCUUUCUCAAAUGUGUUCAGGAAGGUGUGCGUUACCUGAUGAAGAUGCUCCAGGUGAGGAGCUCAGUGAAGCUCAGUGACGGUGUUGUCUUCCACGAUUCCAGCACCGCUAACCUUCUCACUGAGGGUACACUGUCGGACACACACCUGCUGACGAUGAUGUAUAUCGGUGAGCUGUGUUUCUGGGCGGUGAAGUAUGAGGAAGGAGGAGGAGGAGGAGGAGUGGACUCAGCUCAGUGUAGAGAUGACACGCUGCACUUCAGAGAAAUCGGCACACACAUCCUGCUCAAAUAUGUCCGUGUGUGUGAGGGGCCGCUACAGGGACAGGGCUGGAACACCGAGAAUGCCAAGGAGAUCCUCAACAUCCUGCAAUAAACACACACACGCACACAAACACACACAGUUCCCCAUUCUGCAUUCAUUACUACAAAAAUUUUUUUUAAAUUCUUAAAAAGAUUUCCAUAAAGCAGUUAUAAUUUAUGAGUUAUUUAUUUAAUUAUAAUUAGGUCUCUUAGAUCAGAAGGAAAUGGCACACACACACACACACACACACACACAGUAUUUACGUUCAGUAUUUAUUUUGAUGAAAAUUUGUAUAUUGUGUCGUUUUCCUCACAGGCUCGUUGUGGAGUGUUUAUCGCUCUGUAAUGUUUAUAUUUUGAUAUUUUUGUGCACUUUGACAAAGUUCCACUUUUUUUCUGCUUUAGUUUUUUUGCAGUUUUGUUCCACUGUUUUGUUUAAACUGACAUUGGAAAUAAAUUUUGGUUUAAGAAAUA